UAAAAGUAUGCCUUCAUCUAGCAAUUGGUUACAAGUCAUCGCCAAUGAGGAACAGCCUAAAUUAAACACUUUACCAUCUUGUGUAAGUUUAAGUAAUAUAAAGAGCGAUAAUUAUGUUCGUUUAAUAGCUGUCGAUAUAACGGUGGAUGAUAAGGAACAAUAUUCUGGUAAACUAAAAGUAUUCCGUGGCCUAGAUUUAGAAUCAGAGCAUGAAUUGGGAGGAAUACCGGCAGCUAUUGAAAGCUUGUAUAUCGAUGAAACCGAAUCAAAAACACCCAUUCUAGCAGUUGCUAUAGCGGAAUCGAUAUUAUUUUAUCGACACAUGAAACCAUACUUUAAAUACACGUUACCCGAACUGGAAAUUUUAGAUGCCGAACGUGAAAUAUGGCGUCGAUUGAGUAUAGUGCGACAAGAAGAUCAAGAAAAUUUUGUGGAAGCUUUAAAGGCUUAUGAACGUCCUAAGUUGUGUAGGAAAUCUCAACGUUUAUUACAACUUUUACCCGAAGAGAGAUAUAAUUUCAUACGCGAUCAUGCAGAAGGACCUUUUAAUCGUUUUGCGAACGUGAUCGCUUUAAAAUGUUUAGCCCGCGUUUCGACAGGCCAUAGCCAACCUCCUUCACAUUUAGUAGUCGCCACAGACAAUGGAGAAGUUUUAAUCAUAGAACCUCAAAGUUUUGGUAUACUUUACAAAGCCACAGUUUGUCCGGAUACACCACCUAGUGUAUUAGCGGUUCAUGGAACAUUUGAGACUGAUUUUUGUGUUAUAAUCGCUACACGCUAUGGUUCGGUGUAUUUACUGCGCAAAGCUUGCCCGGAAGCUCAGGAAAUAUUCAAACUAUCUCAACCGAUGACAGGUUUAGUACUUUUACCCAUCGACCAAACAAUAGUGGCCGCCGCUAUGAAUAAACGUUUACUGUGCUAUUCCAAAAAAGGUAAACAACUGUAUUUGAUACCUUUAGGCAAACAGCCAAUUUGCCUAAACUCAAUUAAUUUACAACACUUGGGUUUAACUUUAAUAUGUGUGGCCCUAGAAGGUGGUUUAGUACAAUUUUAUAUGCAAAAAUAUUUAGUAGAUGAAUUUCAAACUAAUGGUACUGUUAGUUCAAUGUUAUUCGGUCGUAUGGGCUGGGAAGAGUAUGUACUCUGCUUAACAACCAUUGAAGGUGACUUAAUAGUGAAAAUAUUAAAGCGUACCGCGACUUUUGAGCCUCUUCAAAAUUUAUCUACUCGCAACAUACUGGGAAUUGACGAUGAUAUGGUUGAUGCUACGAUUUUAGAAAAACCCAAAAAAAGUUCAAUAUUUGUAGAGCAAAUAGCUCGUGAGAAGAAAAAUGCCAAAAUUACUUACGGUAGCUUUCAAGUGGAGUUGUGGCGUCUUCGACACACAGCUGCACGAGCCACAGUUGGUGCUUUAAAUUCCUCAGAGCAAACAACAUCCAAUGAUAUCACUCAUGCACCAGUCAAAUUGUCAGCAGAAGUAUGCGGAGCAGGUUCUAUAUUUAGGGUAUACUUAACUAUACAAAACCUAUCCACUUAUAAAAUGGCGUCGAAUUUAACUGUACUCAUUCAUUCCGAUCGUCGUCAUUAUACAACAGUAAAAUCGCUAGCAAAGAUUUCUUUAUUUCAGUUACCCUGCAUUUUACCAGGUAUACCUUUGAAAAUUGAUUUUGAGGUUGUUGCUGUAAUAAAUCCGAAUGAUAAAUUACCACCGCACAGCUUAACACCAGACAAUUCACAUAUACGAAUUAUGCUAAUCAAAGCGCAGCAAGCAAAACCGUUAAUAGCUGCCGUCAUUGCUAUACCCACAACCAUAUAAAGCGCACAAGAAUCACAA